UGACGUUGACGUUUCACGGAAAUGUCAAGUCCAGCGAGCGAGCCAGGGGAAAGGAUUAAAAUUGUUCAAUGUGGAUGAAAAUUGAGUGAGUGGAGGCUCCAAGACCCUGGCGGGUGAUGCUCCCAAGUGUUUGCAACAUACAGUGAAGAGUUGACAAGAUGGCGUCGCGCGGCGCGAUGGUGGCGGGCUCGAGUGGGGCUGACUACGAGCAUCGGGAGCAGGUGGCUGCUCAGUACCACAUCAGUGCAGUGAACAAGUCGCGUCUGCGCAGUGCGAUGUUCUUCCACUGUGCGCUUACCGUGCUGCUGCUGAUGAAGGUCGGAGUGGACCUCCUCGACCGACUCGACAUCUUCAUACUGGAGAUUGAGGAGCUGCAGAUACCCAAGCCGCGCUGGUGGGAGUGGUGGUGGCUGUCGUCGGUGCUGGCGGCGCCGCUGGGGCUGUCCGCCGUCAAGCGCAACUCCAUCCUGCGCAUGCGACGGUACUGUCUCGCGCUGCUGAUGCUCGGCGUGGUGCCGGCGCUGGGCGCGCUGGCGGCGGCGGCGCCCGAGCUGUACGAGUAUGCUACGGCUGACGAGCCCGACGUGCAGAUGUGGCAGGGUCUCCCAAUAUGCGGUAUCUGGCUGGUGUGGGUCUCGCUAGCAGCUCAGGUGCUUGGCUUCCAACUGCUCUUCGCGAGACGCCUGCUGGCGGCGUGGCGCCGGCGCAGGGCGCAGUAGCGGAAUGUGGGGGCGGAGGGGU